AUGUUAGUUAUAAUGAAAAUAUUGGCUAUAUUGUACGCUUUGAGAUUAAUUUGGGCUAUGGAAAUAGCCCCCGAAAGACAUGAAGUAGAAUAUGUGAAUAAGAAAUAUUUGAAGAACCUGUCAGUAGUCUUCAGAAAGUUCAGCCGAAACUCUCCCCUGUAUGUCAGUAUGGAGCUGGAAUCCUUAGUUGGAGUUGGUAAUAACAUGACGUUGAAAAUGGCGUUGUACGAAUAUCUCGCUGGUCAUUACAUACCGACCCCUCUUAAUGUAGGGUACAAGUUCUGCGAUUUCCUCUACCACGAACCUUUCUUCGGACAAAUGUACGCAAAGCAGUUCCCAGAAAAUUGGACGUGCCCAUUUCCAGCUGGUGAAUAUCAUUUUGUGAACAUGACGAUUCAAUUGGAGAAUUUCCCGUACACCAUACCGUUUACUUAUUCGUCAAUGAUUGUACGAACUCGAGCUGAUGUCCAGGGAAUCUUCACACAUACCAAUGAAGAAGUGUUUCGAUGGAAGACCUUUAUAAAAAUAACUCAAAAACUACACCCGAAGGAUGCAAAAAAGAAUUAA